AUGGUAACAUUCACAGAGUUGCAGACCUGGUUCACAUUUUAUACCGGAAUGGAAAUAUUCCAGAAAUCAGUGAAUGAUUCACUACUCAAGUUUGUGGGCAUCCCAUCCUGGAUGUGUCUGAUCUCCUCGUUCAUCAUGCUCAUCAUCUCAGCACUCAAAUGUAAACGAGGCAUCUUCUACAACUACACGCUCAUCCCUGUCUCAUUUCUGAUCACAUACGACACAUUCAUCAAAAUAUACAUUAAUCUGGUCAGCCGCUGCAACAUGAAGGCCGUCGUGAUGUCCAACGUCAACCUGAUAUUCGCCAACUACAUUUCAGCCUACUUCAUGCACUAUUCCUACAACAAGAAGCAGAAGCUGGCCAUGGCCGUGAUCUUCCUCCUUGGAAUCCUGCAACUCUUCUACAAAGUUCCAGUUCACAAAACAGUGAACUUGUAUCCACGUGAUUUAGCCAACUUUCUGGGCUCAAUUGGAAAUGCAUUUGCCUUUGUGAUAUUCAAAAAGAGGCUCGAGAAGAAGGUUGAGAACGAGUGGAACUACACGUUCUCCCUCUCUGUUGUCAACACCGCCUUUGCGUCCGUCUUCUACGCAAUCCACAUGUUUUGGUUUCGUACAGUCACCGAAAUCAAAAUUGAUCUUGUUUUCACUACCAUUGGGAUGUUCCUGAAUGGAAUGACUCAAAUUGGAAGCCUCCGCAUGGGAUUCAUUCUUGAGCCAUUUGCUCUCUUCACAAUUGAGCGAAUUGUCAUGUUCUUCUCUGCCUUCAUUUCAGACAACAUCAACGACAACUUCGUCAGUGUUCUACAGUUCCUGCUUGCACUGUGCUCUGUGAUUUGUUGCAACUUCAUUCUGCUUUACGACGAAAACAACAACUUCUUCUAA